ACCAUUAAGAAUAAGAAGAAGAGUGAAGAGUUAAUAGAGAGAAGAAAUCAGAAAUAUAUUAUAUCUAUUCUCAUAAUAUCUGAGUAGUUUUUCUCUCAUUUUACAACACGUUAUCAGCACGAAUUUGCUCAACAUCCCAGAAACCUUGUUCUUCUUAUAGGUAUAUUUCAUCAAGAAAUUUUUUAUAUUUUUUAUAAAAUAAUUUCUCAAAACUAUGAGAAGUAUGCUCUGUGAUUGCCCAAAUUUGGGAUCCUUCACAUCAGAAAAUCUUAUUUUUCACAAAUUAAAACAAGAGAAUAAUGAGCUCUUAAUGAAAAAUCAUAACAUGAGGCCCACCGGUUGUAGCCCUACAAAUUUUGGCCAUCCUGAUCGUGGUUCAGCACCAGAAUCAAAUGUUAUCCAAGGUGGUGCUCGCGGACACUUUAAACGUGGACGCGGAAAUAACCGCAACAAAGGGCCGAACAGGGACUAUAAAAAUCCAAAUGGAUCAUCCUCCAAAGGAAAAGGAGAAUUCAAACCACCACAGGCUAAAACUUAUGAAAAGCCAAAACCAAGUGGUGAAUGCUACAAAUGUGGCAUAAAAGGACACUGGGCGAAUGAAUGUCGAACGGCAAAACAUUUGGUUAAAUUAUACCAGGCUUCCACAAAAGGAAAAGGGAAAAAUGUGGAAGCUAAUUAUGCUGAUGAUAUCAAUCCAAUUUUGCCUAAAUUUGACGUGUCCGAUUUCUACAUGGAUGAUGUUGAAAUUGGUGAUGAAGUGACCUUUGGUGGAACUACUACUAUUUAAACAUUUUCAUUUACUCUGUUAUGGUGUGUUUACUUUUUAAAUAAAUGUUGGAAAUUUGUAUUUUAUUUUCAUGUGUGCUUGUAUUAUUAUGUCUCUUCUAAAAAAAUAAUGAUAAUAAAAUACCACUUGGUUCAAAAGAUGUAAAACCAAGAAAACUUAAAAGGCAAGAGACAAUACUUGAAACAAAAGACGUUCAUUCUUCAAAGAAAGAAAAUGAACGAACCGAGCAUGUUGAUAUAAAAAAUAAUAUCAACGAACAAUUUGUUUCAAAUGAGGAUUUAACCAUCUCUGAAGAUGCGAAUAAUUCAGAUGAAGAUAG